CGGAAAGAGAAAGCAUUCUCCAGCGAUCAGUUCGUUUGUUUUUGUUGACGUGUUCAGCGCAUUUCUCUGCGUCCGAGGAACAUGUCCUAUUUUUUAUUUAUUUUUAAUUUAAAAUAAAAACAAAUUAAGUUUAAAACAAUGGCUGCAAGUGUGGUGAAGGCUUCCAAGUGCUCGCGGCGAGGUUCCACCAAGGAACUGGCCAAGAAUCCCGCUAAGAAUGCAACCGAUUCCAGCAAUAAAGCCAACUGGAACUGGGGUCUGCUUUUGGCCACCGUCUUCCUGAUCACCUUUGCCACCCGAUUCUACAAGGUCACCGAACCAGAUCACAUUUGCUGGGACGAGACCCACUUUGGAAAGAUGGGGAGUUGGUACAUAAACCGCACCUUCUUCUUCGAUGUCCACCCACCGCUGGGAAAGAUGCUAAUUGGACUCUCGGGCUACUUAACGGGCUACGAUGGAAAGUUCGCUUUCGAUAAACCAGGUGACAAAUACAACGAAACCCGUUACCAGGGCAUGCGUUACUUCUGCACCACCCUGGGGGCCCUCAUUAUGCCCAUGGGCUUCGAUACGGUCUACGAUCUAACCAGAUCCCACGAAGCAGCCAUUUUGUCGGCUGCCUAUUUGGUUUUUGAUGUGGGACUACUUACCCUUAACCAGUACAUCUUGCUCGACCCCAUUCUGCUCUUCUUUAUGAUGGCCUCCGUGUGGGGCAUGGUGAAGAUCUCGAAGGCCACAGCUAGUGGUGCAUCCUACAGCCUGCGUUGGUGGGCGUGGCUCUUCUUAACCGGCACCAUGCUGUCCUGCACGAUCAGCGUCAAGUUCGUGGGCCUGUUUGUGGUGCUUCUGGUGGGCCUGCACACCGCCACGGAGCUGUGGAUCAUCCUGGGCGAUCUGGAGAAGCCCAUCUGGGAGACCGCCAAGCAGGUGGCCUGUCGGGCCAUCGCCCUCAUCUUCUGGCCCGUCUUCCUCUACACCGUCUUCUUUUACAUCCAUUUGACUGUCCUGAACCAAAGCGGCAACGGGGAUGGAUUCUACAGCUCCGCCUUCCAGUCGCGCCUGAUCGGGAACUCGCUCUACAAUGCCAGCAUGCCCCGGGACGUGGCCUACGGCUCAGUGGUCACCAUCAAGAACCACAAGACCGGAGGUGGCUAUCUUCACUCCCAUUUCCACUUGUACCCCAAAGGAGUGGGCGCCCGACAACAGCAGAUCACCACUUACACGCACAAGGACGAGAACAACAAGUUCGUGAUAAAGCCCCAAAACAAGCAGAAGGUGGCCAAGGGCAAGCUGCAGCUGCUCAAGCACGGAGACCUCAUCCGACUGGAGCAUCUGAUGACGAAGAGGAACCUCCACUCCCAUGCCGAGCCCUCACCCAUGACGAAGAAGCAUCUCCAGGUCACAGGAUACGGAGAGAAUGGCGUCGGCGACGUUAAUGACGUCUGGCGAGUGAUGAUUGUGGGCGGAAAGAUCAACGAGACGGUGCACACGGUGACGUCCCGGCUGCGGUUCAUCCACAUGGUGCAGAACUGCGCCCUCACCUCCAGCGGCAAGCAGCUGCCCAAGUGGGGCUUCGAGCAGCAGGAGGUGUCCUGCAACCCGAACAUACGUGACAAGUACUCCCAGUGGAACGUCGAGGACAAUGAGCACGAGCUGCUGCCCAGUGUCAGCUUCAGUAUUUACGCUCCUGGAUUCUUUGCCCGCUUCCUGGAGUCCCACGCCGUGAUGCUUCAGGGCAACGCAGGACUCAAGCCCAAGGAGGGCGAGGUCACUAGUCGUCCAUGGCAGUGGCCAAUCAAUUACAAGGGCCAGUUCUUUUCCGGCAGCCAGUACCGUAUCUACUUGCUGGGCAAUCCGCUGAUCUGGUGGAGCAACCUCAUCUUCCUGGCCCUCUUCGUCGUGGUCUUCAUGUACAACGCCAUCGUCCAGCAGCGCAGGGAUGGACUGGCCGAGGCCCAGGCUCUGGCCCUGGCCCAAGAGAGCCGCCGCUCCCCGUGUCCAGCGCAGAGCGAGGACAGUGAGCCCUCCACCACGGACAUCUGCAGCUGCUGCCCCACUCCCCCCAGCGCGCCGAAGUCUGAGUCGCAGGCCCCUUGCCAGCCAUCGAGAUCCUUGCAGGCCGCCGCCUGGCUCUUCGUGGGCUGGGUGCUUCACUACCUGCCGUUCUGGGCCAUGGGCCGAGUGCUCUACUUCCACCACUACUUCCCGGCCCUGAUCUUCAACUCCAUGCUGACGGGCAUCAUCUUUAACUACAUCAUCAGGCCCCUGCCCAAGUGGGUUCAGCACGUCCUGCUCGGAGGAGUCCUCUCCGUGCUGGUCUACAGCUUCGCCGUCUUCUCUCCACUGGCCUACGGAAUGACCGGCCCGAUGGCGAACGAGCCGAACUCCACGAUGCACAAGCUCAAGUGGCUGCCCACCUGGGAGUUCUAGUUAAAGUCAGAGAGCUGACCCAAGAGA